AUGAAUUCCUAUCUCCUCAACAGAGCCCUCGGGUCUGUCAAUCCGAAUGACUUUCACGUCGCUCAAACCACCCGACUAGUCCACCAUCUCGAACCCGCUCCAGGCAUACGGUUCUCCAGUCGCAGAGCAGCUGCAUCAACGGACCGGACCGAAGAUGAUGUGGCGCCUUUGGAUCAAGAGCUUAACUCCGCGGCGGAGGUGUUUGCUCACAAGUCCGGCGUGAAUUGCCUAGCUGUUGAUCAGUUCGAGGGCCGAUAUAUGAUAUCGGGAGGCGCCGAUCCAUCGAUCCACCUGUGGGAUCUCGAAACAAGAGGUUCGGAGCUUGAACAUAUCCAUCAAUCUUGCGCGUCGGUUAGUAAAUCCUCGCAUGCCGACGCGCAUACACAUGCGAUUACAUCGCUCUCGAUUUACCCGUUUGAUCCCGUUCCUUCAACGAUCUUCUCGACAUCGCAUGAUGGUACAUUGAAGCUCUCUACGCUGGAUUCACCUUCUAUCACCCCGGUCCAUACAUUCAGUCUCGACUGCACUCCAUAUUCGCACUCGUUCUCGUCUCAGCCUGGGUCUACCCUGCUUGUCGCAGUAGGCACAUCCGAACGAUCGGUACGAUUAGUAGACCUACGAUCAGGUCUAUCAACGCAAGGAUUACCAGGACACAAUGGCGCGGUAUUGUCUGUAGCAUGGGCUCCCCAUCGACCCCAUCUGCUUGCGUCAGGCUCAGUCGACAAUCGGGUGAUCAUAUUCGAUGUCCGUCGUGGAGGUCACAACUCUGCCAUUGCAACCUUGGAUAUGGAUGAUCCUGUGGGACUAGGUCUACCAGGGACGGGGUCUAUACCCGCCUCUUAUGAGAGCCGUCCGGCGUUCUCUCGACAUUCCCGUGCUCAUAACGGGCCUGUGACGGGGGUCCGUUGGACAUCCAAUGGAAGUCAUAUCGUGACAACGGGUCAGGACUCGCGGAUCCGAGUAUGGGACUCGGGGACUGGUGCUAAUACACUAGUACAUUUCGGUCCUCGGGUCCGCAAUAGCUCUUCCUCGCACCUGGCUGAACGCGCCCCGCUGAUGGUACCGAAAGGUGCAAUGAGUCCCGGUCAUGAGACGUUACUAUGGCCUAAUUUCAAUGAACAAGAUGACCGCGGCGAGAUCUUCAUGUUUGAACUGCGCGAGGGAACGUUCGUCAAGCGUCUCCGAGUCCCAGGUCUAACGAUUGGGUCACAGAAUGUACGUGGUCGAUCGAGCGCUCUUAGUGCCGCCCGCGUCAAUGAUCUAGUGUGGCGUGGCAACGGUGCAUCCGGAGAGGGCAUCGAGCUAUUUUCCGCGCAUGGUGAUGGAACAAUCCGAACAUGGGUAUCUCGCGAACCAGACGGUGAGCCCACAGAAGCCGAGGAAGCAGGCAUGGCCGAUCGCAAGAGAAAGCGAGACGUUCUAGAUGAGAUCUACCAAGGGUUCCUCGCGCCCGAUCAACCCAGCCUUCAAAUAUGA